AUGGCAACCAGCCUCCGCCGUCACGGCCCCAAAGUGACUGAACACGGUCCAGAGAACAUAGAAGAGGUGGUACAGAAAACUAUAGCGUCCUACGCAACACGAGCGCUCGUGUCAUACAGAAAGGAUGAAGAACAACCGGAUUUACGUGGAGGCCAGGCUACCGUGUUCAAAGCAACUAGAACGUUGCCAUCGCGCGGACUUCGACGCAAGGUUGAGACUUUCGCAAUUAAAGAAAUAUAUAUCGGAGACAGAAGAGCCCGGCGUCAGCUGCACAAAGAGAUCGAACACCUUCGGCUUUGUCAACACCCAAACGUACUCCAGCUGAAAGAGGUAUACGUAAUUGAGCAAGAAGGGUGGACGGACAGAACAUUUCUUGUGACCCAACCGUGGGCGCAAGCAUCACUACAAAAACUACUUGAAGAUAUAGCAAAUUCUCGCGAUGGCAUGAGCCGACAUUGCUCAUGGUACAAACCCCACAGUCUUGACCCUUGGCCGAGUAUCGUUCGGGAAUGCGUUCUCGGGCUCGAGCAUUUACAUAACAAUAAGAUUCGACACAAAGAUUUGAAACCAGACAAUAUUCUUCUCGUCGAUGAGUCGGAUGGUGCUUCUCUGGACCUCAAAGUCCGUGUCGUAAUUGCGGAUCUAGGAAUAAGCAAAGGAUACGUGGAAGCCGAGAAUACCACUUUCAAUGGCACAGAGCAAUAUCUCGCCCCCGAACAAAAAGCUCAAGCAUCGAGUACUUAUCAUUCCAACAUUUUCUCACUCGGUUGCAGCAUUUCAUGGAUCCAUGCCCUCCUGAGCUCGAGGCGGUGGGAGCUGUGCCAGGAGAACGAACAGGGUAUCUUCCAGCUAGAAAAGCUAUACCAAGUUGGUUUCUCCUAUAGCUUCAAGGAGGUGCCCCCUCUCUUGAAACAAUUACGCCAAACUCAUGAAGGUACUAAGCAACCAGACAUGGUCGGGUUUCUCGUUACUCUGGAGGACAUCAUCACAUCUACACUGCUCGAAAAGCCUGACGAGAGACUAAGCCUGCAAUCAGUUCUUGCGAAACUCGAUGAUUACGACGCUUCUUGGCUACAAUCGGAGUCUUUCAUGAUACUCGAUCUGUGCAUCACUAGCGGCAAUCACACUCAAGUCCUGGAAAUCGAUUUCUCUUCUGUCACAAAUGACCCUGGAUUGGCUUCGGUGGCCCGAAGAAGCCAACUUAAUAAAAUUCCCGUCAACGAAUGCAUUUGA